AAGAACGCGGGCCGGCCGAGUCACGAUUAGCAAGCGGUAUAUAAAUGAACGAACACCAGGUGUGUUGGAACCAGAUAGUGCGCCUAAUAUCAGACGACAUGAGCCGAACACUCGUCAUCUGCAGCGUGAUGGUAGCGAUGGUGGCCGUGCUGGCGCUGGCCGCGCCCGCCGACAACGGCAAGUGGACGAGAGAGCCCGGCAGCCCGACCGAGCGCAAGACCAUCAAGGACGGCAUCGGCCAGCAGAUCGACUUCACCCACAACGUCAUCACCGGCCAGCGCACCAGCGGCUACCUGGCCCUGGGACAGAACGCGCGCAUGUCACCAGAGCGCAGGCAGGGGCAGCCCAGCACCGGCGGCCAGCCCUCCACCAGCGAGAAGAAGAAGAAGAGGGGCAAGGGCAAGUAAGGUGCCUGCCAGAGUAUGAACACAUGAGCACUCUCUCCAAGUGUGCCAAACAUUAAAAAAACAAAAAAAAAAACAAUAAAACACGGUUUUUAUUUUUAUUUUUUUCACGGCCAAAAAGAUCCUUGUAACUUUUACAACAAGUUUUGUCUGUUGUAAAUUUGCGAAAUUUUUAAAGGUUUUUCUUUUCGACAGUAUUUUUCAGAGCACUGGUUAAACAAGUGUGCACAAUUUAAACACCAAACGUGUGCAAGUUAUGAUGUUGCACAUUACAUGGUGAGCAAUUUUAAACGUUUGCUAAACGUUUAAAUUGUGCACACUUGGGCACACAUAGUUCUAUGCUAUCAAUAGGAACCAUAGGGGAACUUUUCAAAAGUGUCGAAAGUUUAAACAUCAAUGCACGUUUAACCUAGUUAGACACCACAACGUGUUGAGAAAAGGCACACUUGAACUUAAACACCAAUUGACGUGCAACAUUAAACACUUGUUUUACCA